AAUGACUAUAAGUGUAAAUUAAUACUAAAUACAAGGAAUCAUAAGUAAUUAAUAACAAUGGAAGCACCAUUUCUUAACGCGUACUAUAACAAUCAACGUUUUCCUCCACCAAACCAUUUCCAACGGCGACCAAACUUUGUUCCGCGAGGGCCGCCACCAGGGUUUAGGGCGCAAAGACUUCAUUGGAGACAGCAACCACCGCAGGAGUAUACAAAUGAAUUUUGGUGUGAAACAUGUGAUAGAGGCUUUCGCACACCAGAUAUUCUUGAAAAACACAAACAACAACAUCAGAAAUGCAACAUAGACGGCUGUCAAUUUAUUGCACAUCCUAAAGUAAUAACAAAACAUAUUCAGAUGCAACAUGCAUCUGGUCUGUAUAAGAAAAUAGCAAAACUCCAAGAUCCUGAAGAAAUUAGAAAAUGGAGGGAAGAAAGAAAGAAGAAAUACCCGACAAAAGAAAAUGUAGAAAAGGCAGCUGCAGCAAUAAAAGAAAAAAUAGAUAGAGGAGAAAAAAUGGGCUUGAAAAAUAAAAGGCAUGAGAAAAACCCUAAUACAGAUUCAGGCAUUGGCGGCAAAAGAAAAUCCUUCAAUAAACACAACAAUGGUGUUAGUCAUUUUGAUAAAGACUCUGCACACAACAAGAGAAGAAGGAUGACCCCUAAAAAUGUAGUCAAAAAAAUACCUGUAGUGGAAGAUACCCGAAAACUUAAACCAUUCACGGGAAUUCAAGACUUGAUGAUGGACAUUAAUGAUACAGAGGAGACAGAGGAGGAACCUAGUAGGAGUGCUUUUACUAUUGAGGAUGAAGAUGAGAUAGAAGAUGCCAGCAAUCCUUUGGAGACUGCUUCAGGAUCCGUUUGCCUUGCUUUGUCAUCUUUAAUGUGCAAUUAUGGUUCUUCUGAUGAAGAUGAAAACAAUGACGAACCAAAUAUUACUCUCUCCAAAGCCCCUAAAAAUGAGUCUGACAAUAGACCAAAAGUUAUCAUAAAUCAAGCAAGUGACAAGCAACCACAAACAACACCAAAUCUUGAGAAACAAGCUUCACAAACAAAAAAUGAUAGUGAUGAUGACAGUGGCCCUGAAGAAGUAAAAGUGACCAAACAAGUAACAAAUGUGAUGGAAAACAUUGAAACAAAACCAGUAAUAAAUAAAAGAAAACCCAAAGACAGGAUUCUUCAAAAAUCAAUAACAAAAAGAACUAAACCUAAGUUGCCAUCUACUUUGUUACAAAAAUUGUUAUUUAAGGAAAUGAAACAUGAACGUAAUAUUGUAUUGCAAUGUAUAAGACAUAUAAUAAGAAACAAUUUUUUUGACUAAUCUGUAUA